AUUCAGCGGUUUAUUCGGACCGUCUUUCUUCGCAGUAAUACAAACGUCCUUUUAAUCCGGAGACGUGUAAACACUUGCUGCAUCGUGGUAUCCACUUCAAAUAACCCAUGGCUCCAAACACAGAUCUCUCUACCCGUGCCGCAAUUGUUACGUUAAAGUCACCUUUCGGAGGCAAAUCAACCGCCCAAAUCAGCACAAUCACAGGCAUUCCACAACGUACGAUCAACGAAAUAUACAGGAGAGCCUGCCGGCGAGGCUUUGAUCCAAAUGCGUCUAUAAUCAAGAUACUCCCUGAGUACCUUGAAGAUGCCCCUCGUGCUGGCCGCCCUCGUAAGCGAGAAGCUGUUCAGGAAGCUACCCCUGAGAAGAGCCCUCAAAGAAGUGAGGAACAAGCACAUGAAGCCAACAAGCAUGCCUGCAUUGACGAAGAAGACGAAGUAUGA